AUGAAAAUAAUCGCAAAAUACAGCGCUAUCUUAGAACCGGUUACAAAUAUUUUACAAGAAGACAAUAGAACAACAAAUGCAAAUGAAAUCUUUGAUUUAUUAUUUACUGAUGCCAAAUCUAUAGCAGAUGAUUUUGAAAUCACUAUUACAUGUCCCAGAAUAACUGGAAAACAAUCACAUAGAAACAAUUAUUCUUAUGAAUCUCCCAAAGAUUAUUAUCGAGUAGAAAGAUUUGAAAAAAGUAAUAGUGUUGCUUUUUCACUACAACACCUUCAUCCAGCAUUAUUUAUAAAAAUGAAAAAACAAGAGUACACUGACAGUAUAACUAAUAUUUAUAAUUUAUAUAAAAUUGAAAAUCUGUUAGCUGAAAGUGAAAGUUGGUAUAGCUUAUGGCAAAAAAAAGUCAGCCAAAGUAUGGACAUAAUAGAUUUACUAGAACAUAGCAAAAUAUUUUUCCCUGGUAUUAAAAUUGCAUUAGAAAUUUUUCUGUCUUUGCCAGCUACAAGUUGUGCAGCCGAAAGGUCAUUUAGCACUUUACGAAGGGUUAAAACUUGGCUUCGAUCUACGACGGGUGAAGACCGAUUAAAUGGCCUAUGUAUGUUAAGUGUCCAUCGUGAAAGAGUUGAUAUAAGAAAAGGUAAAUUAAUUGGACAGUUAAUAACAAGGUUUGCAAGAGAACAACCACGAAGACUUCAGUUUUUAUUUAAUAACGAAUAA